AUGGGAUUCAGGAAGGUUGGAGCAAAAAAAACAGUUAAGGCUGCGAAAACAAAAAAAAACAAUAAUUAGAGAAAGGCGAAAAGAUAAGAGUCUUAUGCAGUAUAUAUAUACAACGUCUUGAAAUAAGUUCACCCAGAAUUAGAAAUUUCUAUUAAGGCUAUGAAUAUCAUGAAUUAAUUCAUCAAUGAUAUUUUCCAUAGAAUUACAGUUGAAAUCAGCAAUUUAAUCAGAUUUAGAGAUAAAAAUAGAAAGACACUUAGACCAAGAGAAAUUUAAACUGUUGUAAAAUUGUUGUUUCCAGGAGAUUUGGCCCUUUUUGCAAUUGCUAAAAGUGCCUAAGCACUCAAAAACAAAAAUUCAAUUAUAAAAUAAUAAUAAGCAGACGUUCUUUAUUCAUGUUAAUUUCAAGAAUGA